AUGGAUCAACAGAGUCAGUCCGGGCCUCAAGGCCCCGGUGGGCGCAAGUUCCAUAUUGCUCAUCGGAGAAGUCCAUCUGAGCUUACCCCGCUGAUGAUGGAACAACUGGCCAUUCAACAACAAAUUGAGUUGCUCCAGCAGCAACAGCAACAAAUUGCUGCGACACAUCAACAAUAUGUCAAUAUGGGACUUUUGCAGCCCCAACAAUUGGGCCAAGUGCCAUCGUUCCAACCCGGUGCCUCCAUGGGUGGUGUUUCCCCACAGCAAGUUAAUGCAUUCCAAUUCCCACAGGGUGGACAGCAACAGCAGCUUGGAGUACAAAUGAACGCAUCCAACCAACAUUCGCACCGUCGAAACCAGUCUGCUCUGCCAGGUCUCCCCAUGGGCCCUCCCCCUGCCCCCUCCUCGGGCGCGUCGGGAUAUGCUGAAUACAACCAGCAGGGUCAAAACAACAACCACAAGAAUGAGAAUGCCGGCCACGGUGGUCGUGGCCGUGGAGGCCCUCCCGGCGGUGGUCACCAGCGCCGCCACUCGCUUGCUCUUCCAGAGGCUAAGAAAGCGGCCGAGCUUGCCCAGCAGAAGAGAACAGCUUCGGGAUUCCAGUUCCCAGCUCCCGCCCCCGGUGCAAGUGGUUCUGACAACCAAUCUUCUUCGGAUGAUAAGCCUGCAUCCAGCACCUCUCCGGCACCCCAAGGACUCGGUUUCCAGAGGGCCGGCAACAUUCGAGCUGGUGGGGGCCAUGGCCGCAGUCAAUCGAUGGCGAUUGGCGGUAACACCCGAGGCUCCAUCUCUGGUCGCGGUGCUGGUGGUUUCCAAUUCCCCCAGGCCAGUGAAGCUCCAGCUGCUCAGCCUGAUAACCAGCGACGAGCCAGUCAGCCCGGUCAUGCUCGGUCGUCCUCGCGAAACUUCGAGGGCAACUGGCGCCAGCCUAACAAUCAAAAUCAGGGCCAAGAUCAGCAGAGACCUGGUCAGCAACAGGGUGGCUUCCAGCCCGGCCACCGCUCGCGCGGCUCUAUGAACCAGUCUAUGGGCUCUAUCGGUUCAUUUUCCUACGGCGGUCAGCCCCAAAUUGGCCAGCCUCAACUUAUCCAACUUCCACAGGGUCAGGUCAUGAUGGCACCUCAGAUGUUCGGCAACCAGCAACUGAACCCACUCCAGAUGGCCCAGCUCCAGGCACUCCAACAGCAGCAGAAUGGACAGGGGAUGGGUGGUCUUGGGGCUAGCCAACACGCUCCCCCGCAGAUGUCUGUUCAGCAACAACAGCAGCAGCAACAACAGCGGAAGACCCUUUUCACUCCUUACCUACCCCAGGCAAACCUCCCUGCACUUCUCAGCAAUGGACAGUUGGUUGCCGGUGUCUUGCGUGUUAACAAGAAGAACCGUUCCGACGCUUAUGUGACUACUGACGAUCUGGAUGCUGACAUCUUCAUCUGUGGAAGCAAAGAUCGCAACCGCGCCCUUGAGGGUGACUUUGUCGCCAUCGAGCUUCUCGAUGUUGACGAGGUGUGGUCUCAGAAGAAAGAAAAGGAGGAAAAGAAAAAGCGCAAGGAUAUCACCGAUGCCCGCUCCAACAGCAACGCUGGGAACGACAAGCUUGGUCGCUCCGAUUCCACUGGUGAUAGACAGGAGGUCGGUCCGGAUGGAAGCAUCCGCCGCCGCGGUAGUCUGCGCCAGCGUCCUACCCAGAAGAAAAACGAUGAUGUCGAGGUCGAGGGCCAAAGUCUUCUUCUGUGUGAGGAGGACGAGAUCAGUGACGAGCAGAAGCCUCUGUACGCUGGUCACGUUGUUGCCGUCAUUGAGCGUGUUGCUGGUCAGAUGUUCUCAGGCACUCUGGGUCUCUUGCGUCCUAGCAGUCAGGCUACGAAGGAGAAGCAGGAGGCCGAGCGGCAAGCCAGAGACGGCGCCCACGGCCGUUCUCACCAUGACCGUCAUCAGGACAAGCCGAAGAUUGUUUGGUUCAAGCCUACUGACAAGCGUGUCCCUCUGAUUGCCAUUCCUACUGAGCAGGCGCCUCGUGACUUUGUUGAGAAGCAUCAGGACUACGCCAACCGAAUCUUCGUUGCUUCCAUUAAGAGAUGGCCCAUCACAUCUCUGCACCCCUUCGGUACACUGGUCGAGCAGCUUGGUGAGAUGGGUGAUUUGCGGGUUGAGACAGAUGCCCUUCUCCGUGACAACAACUUCGGCUCGGAUGACUUCUCAGAUGCUGUGCUGAAGAGCAUUGGCUGGGAGGACUGGACUGUCUCCAGUGAGGGUGAUGCUCUUGCUUCUCGACGUGACUUCCGUGAAGAGACCAUCUUCACGGUUGACCCCGCCGACAGCAAGGCACUCGAGGAUGCGUUCCAUGUCAAAAAGCUUGCUGAUGGCAUGGUCGAAAUUGGUGUUCACGUUGCUGACAUUGCCCACUUCGUUAAGGGCAACUCCCUGGUAGAUCGUGAAGCCAAGAAGCGUGGUACCGCUGUCUAUCUAGUCGAUCGUAUCAUGAACAUGCUGCCUACUCGUGUUUCUACUGAGCUUUGUUCCCUUGUUCCCGGAGAGGACCGUCUCACCGUCAGCAUCGUUUUCAAGGCUAAUCCUACCACCGGUGUUGUGGAUGAGGAUGUCUGGAUUGGCAAGGGUAUCAUCAAGAGCGCCGGUCGUCUUGACUAUGAACAGGUCAAUGCACUUGUUCAGGGCAAGUCUGAUGCCAGCACUGGUAGCAUCUCUCCCGAUAACAUCCACUUGCUACACAACGUCGCUGGCAAAUUCCGUGAAGCCCGAUUCGGUAACCGGGUCUCUAACGUCCCUGUUCAGCGUCUGUUGCAGCAGCUUGAUGACGAGAACGUGCCAGUCGAGUACAACAUCUUCGAAUCGACACCCGCACACGAGCUCGUUGAGGAGCUCAGCCACCAGGCCAACUUCUUCGUCGCCCGCAAGCUCUUCAACGCCAUGCCCGACAAGGCAUUCCUCCGCCGCCAAUUCUCGCCCAACCCACGUCGCCUCACCUUGUUCGUGGAGCGAAUGAACCGCCUUGGUUUUGAGAUUGACGCCAGCAGCAGCGGCAGUCUUCAGAGCUCUCUGUGCAAAGUGCAGGAUGUAGACCUUCGCAAGGGUAUGGAAACCCUCAUCGCCAAGGCUAUGCAACGCGCCAAGUACUAUGUCAGCAACGGCACAUCUGAUGAAAUGCGCCAGCACUACAUGCUCAACGUACCAGUAUACACUCAUUUCACCAACCCCUCACGGCGCUACACUGAUCUCAUUGUGCACCGUCAACUCGAGGCUGUGCUGUCUGAUGGUGCUGUGGAGUUCACUGACGAUGUUGAAUCGCUCAACAAGACUGCCGAUCUUUGCAACAACAAGAAAGAUUCGGCUCUUAACGCCCAGGAACAGAGCGUGCACAUUGAGGCCUGCCGCAACAUGGACCGCAAGAGCCGCGAAAUCGGUGGUGAUCUUAUCAGCGAGGGUAUCGUGCUGUGUGUCUAUGAGUCUGCCUUUGAUGUUCUCAUUCCAGAGUACGGCUUUGAGAAGCGUGUGCACUGUGACCAGCUGCCCCUCAAGAAGGCUGAGUACCGCAAGGACUCUCGCGUGCUUGAGCUGUACUGGGAGAAGGGUGUUCCUUCUUCCGCAUACAUCCCCGAGGAUGAGCGUCCCAAGCCUGGCAACUCUCGUGCUGCUCAAGCUGCCGCCGCCGCUCGGGAAGCCGAGGCUGCCAGAGAGCGUGCCCGCGAGCGUGACGAGGCCAUGCGCAAGCAGACCGAGACCGGCACAAUGUCUGCCGACGAUGUCGACGCCCUCUUCGACGACGAUGACGACGUGGAUGAUGUCACUGAGAUGGCGGCCGGCGUGUCACUCAACUCCGCCGACCGUUCGACCCAGAGCAUGCCCCCAUCGCCCACCCGCAACGGCCACCAGCAGCAGGGACCUCACCGCACUCGUUCGGAUCCUAAGAUUGCCUCUACAGCUGGAGAUGCGCCUGAGAACAAGCUGACCAACAAGGAGAAGUACCUGAGCUUGUUCAAGCUGCGCGAAGUGGAUGGAGAUUUCAUCCAGGAUGUCACUGAGAUGACCCGUGUGCCCAUCAUUUUGAAGACUGAUCUGAGCAAGAGCCCUCCAUGCCUCACUGUUCGAUCCGUCAACCCCUACGCCCUGUAG